AUGCCGGAGGAGGAUUCUAUGAGCGCGGAUAGCGCGGCGGACAACAGCCUAACGAAGCGGCGGCAGCAAACGCAUAGCCAGGGCAUGACAGCUGGCGAUGUGGACGUAUCUCAGGAAGAAGAGGCUGCCAAUGUCCAGGAUGCGAAUAUUUCGACGGUCUUCGAUUUCUUCUUGCGCUCAUACGUCGCUGAGGGCGAGCAAGCCUACGACGAGGACCUCGAAGAGUUCGACGACUCCCUGUCUGACGACGAAGACACUGCGGGCACGUACUGCCUGAAUGGCGACCCGAACAAGCCGCUCUUCUACAUGAAGCGCAUCUUCACGCUCGUCUCCAGAAUGUCGCAUUUUUCGGAGGUGCUCGUUGUCCACCUCGACCACGUGCUUAACUGGCGGCCUCCACAAAGUGAGGCGGGCCUGAAUCUAAACAUGCAGCUUUACAAGUACCUGGUCAAGCAUUUUCUCAGGGUCCAGGAUGCAUUGGAGGACAAGCUGCAGGGCAUUGUGGACUCGAUUGCGCAAUCGCUGAAUCGUGAGUCGAAGAAGCUGUUUUUGCAGUUCCUGCAUUCUCCGAGCGUCAUACACCCGUUGAAGGAAGUCCGAUGCCACAUGAUUGGCGAGCUCAUCGCCAUCCGUGGCCAGGUUACGCGCACGUCGGAUGUACGUCCUGAGCUUAUUCGUGGCACUUUCAAGUGCAAGGCGUGCGGCACCAUAAUCGAGAACGUCAGGCAGAAUUUCAAGUACACUGUGCCGGUCAAAUGCACGUCCAAUAAUUGUCUCAACCUGCGCGACUGGGAACUGGUAAUGGAGCAGUCCUUGUUCUGCGACUGGCAGAAGGUACGUAUCCAGGAGAUGGCCCAAGAGUCGGAUACCAGCACCAUGCCCCGUUCUAUAGAUGUUAUAUUGCGCCACCGCAGUGUCGACCGAUUGAAUGCAGGUGACCGCGUCAUCAUCUCCGGCACGAUUAUCGUUCUCCCGGAUGUGCCAACACUUCUCAAGCCCGGUGAGAUGCCACGCAAGGUCAACAAGCAGUCGAUGAGGCGUUUCGAAUCGUAUAUGAUCUCACAGGGUCUGACCGGUAUCAAGGGCGUGGGCAUCAAGGACCUGAACCACAAGCUGUCCUUCCUGGCCACGCAGGUGCGCCGUGUUAACGACUUCAAAUCCACUGCUGGCGAUGUGAUCGACACGAGCAGCGAGAUCCAGGUGCGCGCCGAUGAUAUUCUGAACCUGUCAAACUUUGACUGGAUCCGCCGUUUGGCGCGGGGCCACAACACUAUCGAGCGUCUAGCUUCAUGCAUCGCCCCUAAAAUCUGGGGGCAUUCCGAGAUCAAGAAGGGCAUUUUGCUCAUGAUGGUAGGCGGUGUGCACAAGUCUUCGAGCAACACCAAGUUGCGUGGUGAUAUUAACAUGUGCCUCGUGGGUGACCCCUCCACUGCCAAGAGUCAGUUCCUCAAGUUCGUGGAGAGCUUCGCUCCUCGCGCCAUUUACACGUCUGGUAAGGGUUCUACUGCUGCGGGUCUCACUGCCGCCGUGCACCGUGACCCUGACAGCGGCGAAUUCGUUUUGGAGGCGGGUGCGCUGAUGUACGCUGACCUGGGUAUAUGCUGCAUCGACGAGUUUGAUAAGAUGAACGACCGUGACCGUGUGUCAAUCCAUGAAGCGAUGGAACAGCAGACAAUUUCAAUCGCCAAGGCGGGCAUACAGGCAACACUCAACGCCCGCGCCUCCGUACUUGCCGUAUGCAACCCGCGUUACGGGCGUUACGACACCAGUAAGUCGUUCGCCAGCAAUGUGAACUUGCCUCCCCCGCUGCUGUCGCGUUUCGACCUGCUAUACACAAUGCAAGACGAGGCAGAUGAAAUGGUGGAUGCCAAAAUUGCAUGGCACAUCACUGGCCUGCACGGGCCCGGUGUCUAUAAGAGCAGCGAUCUCAUCGAAGAUUCUGCAGAAAUCGAACACCAGGAGUCUCCUUUCGAUCAGGAGUUCAACCCUCCCCUGACUCUGGAUGAGCUGAAGCUUUACAUUGAAUUGGCAAAACGCAUUAAGCCGCUUAUGCAGGAUGCUGCUAAACACAAGCUGGCGCAGUAUUACGUAGGGUUGCGCAACGGUGAUGCUCAGUCAACUAAGCGCUCGUUGCGCAUGACAGUGCGCCAGCUGGAAUCCCUCAUUCGGCUGAGUGAGGCAAUUGCUAGGCUCAAGUUUUCCGAUUUCGUUGAGGAAUCGCAUGUGGAGGAGGCGUACAACAUAUUCAAGUCAUCGCUACUUAGGCUUUCGAACAAGGAUCUCGUCGUGCUCGAAGAGGAACGCGCUCCUACCAACGACGUCGAUGACGGUGAUGAAGAGUGGAUUAUGUCAACCCGCCGCAGGCACAGUGCUGACACGGAUGCCGAUGCGCCACCCCCGGCUCCAGAGGCUGAUCUCAUGAAAAUAGGCAUGAGCGAGUACGAGGCUAUUUCAGCGGUUCUGUUGGAUCACGUCAGCGAGCACCAGUUGCUAGAAAAUGAGAUCGCAUCAAACGAGCUUGUUGAGUGGUACAUCCAGAACGUGGUCGUUCCCCGCACGCCUGAAGACGCAGACGCGUGGAACCUCAGGCUUCAGCGCGUGGUGCACCGUUUACUUUAUGUUGACAAGAAACUGUUGGCACGCAGGGUCCAGACCGACAUACCCAACGUUUUCAGGUUGCGGGUUCACCCCAACUACUACUCGUCGGCGCACGUGUGGCGUCGCGACACUAUGGCUGAGGAGCCGGAUGUCAUAGAGGUCGAUGAAGACAAUGGUUCUGCAGCCAAUGCUUCUGAUGUUGAUGUUAAUUGA